CUUGUCGCUAGGGAGCGAACUUAGCAAUACUAAGUUCGCAUUUUCAGGAAAAGAAGGCUUUUUAUUGAGCGCCGACAUGGGACUGGAGGAGCUGGUGGUGACGGGCGCGUACGUGUCCGGGGCGGUGUGCAUCGUGCUGUUUACGCUGACCAUCAGCUGGCUCGUGGUGUGGAAGUGCGUAUUGGCCAAGAUGCCGUUCAUCCAGGAGCUUUUCGACUUGAAGCCAAAGAAGCCGUCCGCGCACGACGAAAAGUCUAUAUCCUUCCAGGAUCGAUACCAAGCCUACAAGCGGAAACGGCACGCGACGAGAAUUUCGUAGAGAACCAAAGGAGGACGCGAGCGGCUAAGCAUCACGGCCAUCGCUCACGAAUAAACUAUUGACUUCAUUUUUGCGUGUCUUCUAUCUCACGAGCCACUUGCCUCCUGCUCCUUCCUCACUGUCAUCAUUCUGCUGCAGUUGACGCACCAUUUCCAAGUAUUCAUUGGUUUCGCUUGAAGUGGGUACUCGGUUGUCUCCGGUAUUGGUUUGCACUUCUGCUGCCUUCCUCUUCUGCGCUGCUAAAGACAUUCUCUCCUCCAGGGAGAGCUUCGUCGACGCGGUCUGGGCUUCUUUCGCUUCUGUACGGGACUUGGCCAGCGCCACCUCCCGUUUCCUACGGAUCUCCUCGUCUUCUUCACCUGGUUGUUGAUUUGCAGCGCCGUACUUGCGCUCUGCUGUCUCUGGAUCCCAUUCACGAAGUGCAUCCAGUGUUGGUUUCUUCACUUGAGCCUGCAGCUCUGACGGCAGCUCCCAGUAGCUUCUUCCCAAUGCCAUAUUGAAAUAGUACUUUCGCUAUCGCGAUUUGGGAGCGGAUAACGAAAUGAAUUAGCUCAAUACAGCAGAACCAACGCGAUAGUAGUAUACCUAGUCGUAUAAGGAAGAUAUAUUAGCACUCACACCACUCUUUGGAUCCAC